AGAUCCACAGGUUGGCGACUCUAUAAAAGACGCCGAGCGACGCUCCUGCCCUUACCAGUGUGUGGUGGACGUCCUGUCAUACUAACGCCACUAAUCAAGGAUGGGUCAUCUACUCCACUAUCGACUACAACUAGUACUGGCGCUGUUACUGGCGCCAAUGCAACUGUGCUGGGCUGCUACUGGCUCGUCUUCUGACAACCAGCUGCCAUCGGAUGCCGAACUACUGUCCACUUGGGGCAAGCCGGAGGGGCAGUUGGCCAGCAAGGGCCAGCCCGAGGAGAUCAGCCCGCUGGCUGGACUGGCUUCGGAUGAGGAGAGUUUCAAUCGGCUGAUGGUGCUCGCUGGCUCGCACAUGCACCCCGGCUACUAUCACUCGGGGGCCGCGAGUCAGGGUCAAGUUGUGGGGCCCGCCCCUGGGGGCACUUUCCAUUUCGUGUCGUCCACUUUCCCAGAAGUAGACGCGAGAGGUUUUCACGAGUCGGUGUUCGACAGCAUUGGCGACUACUUCCCAUCCUGGCCGAGGGCGGCCAAGCGGAUGGACUCUUCCUACCAUCACCGCAUCACACCCAUCAGCAAAGUGGUCGUCAAGAAUCCCACUGCUUUCGCAUCUCUCAGGAAACGAGCUUCUGAUGAGAUGACCUACUGGCCUGAGGCUGCACUGUCUCGCAAGAAACGAGAAGUAGCACCACCAUCCAACAAAACUCUCGAACCUGCUGAAAACAGUCACCAUCAAACUGACCAGCAUCGUUCUUUCGGUGCGAAGCAUGUGUCAUAUGUCAAACACCUUACAAAUAGCGCUGACACCAAGGACGCGGCCAACAGUCGAACUAAACGAUCAGGAGCAUUGGAGUCCAGACUGAGACGAGCUCGUGGUUCAAUGGGGUUUCAUGCUGACACUUUCUCUGAUGGGUUUGGAGACUUCCAAACCAUGAAACGGUCCCACUAUUCCCGCCAAAAUGUGUUGAAUAAGAUUUUGGCGCCUCUGAUCACUGAGUACGAUGAGCGGUUGACUAAACGAAGACCAGAGAUGGAUUCUAUGGGGUUCCAUGGUGAUACUUUUGGAGGGGGAUUUGGAGAUUUUGAGACUAUGAAAAAGAGGAGACCAGAAAUGGAUUCCAUGGGAUUCCAUGGGGAUACAUUUGGAGGCGGAUUUGGAGAUUUUGAGACCAUGAAAAAAAGGAGGCCUGAAAUGGAUUCAUCUGGAUUUCAUGGAGAUAUGUUUGGAGGCAGCUUUGGUGAUUUCGAGACCAUGAAGAAGAGACGUCCUGAAAUGGAUUCAUCAGGAUUUCAUGGUGAUAUGUUUGGAGGCAGCUUUGGAGACUUUGAAACUAUGAAAAAACGUCGUCCUGAGAUGGACUCCAUGGGGUUUCAUGGUGAUACCUUUGGAGGGGGUUUCGGUGAUUUUGAAACCAUGAAAAAAAGACGCCCCGAGAUGGAUUCCAUGGGGUUUCAUGGUGAUACGUUUGGAGGGGGCUUCGGUGAUUUUGAAACCAUGAAAAAGAGACGCCCUGAAAUGGACUCUAUGGGUUUUCAUGGGGAUACAUUUGGUGGAGGGUUCGGGGACUUCGAGACCAUGAAAAAGCGUCGCCCUGAGAUGGACUCUAUGGGUUUUCAUGGAGAUACCUUUGGAGGGGGAUUUGGAGACUUUGAAACUAUGAAAAAACGUCGUCCAGAGAUGGAUUCGAUGGGUUUUCAUGGUGAUCUAUUCACCGGGGACAUGGGAGAUUUUGAAACCAUGAAGAAAAGAUCGCUACCAGUGAAGAGAAAAGAGACUGUUGAUUUUGUUUCUCCCUCUUCUACGGAAAAUCAUCAACAUCCCAAAUCAAUCCUGUCCCAACUGUCCUCCCACUUGUCUUAAAUCAAACACAUCAACAAACUUCCACUCUUUUAUCUUCCUUGUCUAGGAUCGAAACAGACAUGUCUAGAUCAACUGGAAUACAUGUCAACACUUCUAUCUUCCUUAUCUAUGAUCUUCCGAAUACUUCAAGUCCUUUUUCAAAUCUUCAAAGAUUUCAACCACUCUAUUCUUCUAUCCACAACUUUAAAGAAGAGAGGAACAAUGAUUUCCUUAUCUAUCUUUAUGAAAAAUGAAUACUACUAUUGUUCUUGUAAAUUGUUUGUUGAAACAGAAUAGAUAUGUAUUCAGUAUUUAUAUUUGUUGAAUAAAAUUUAAUAUUUUUGUUUUGU